AUGGGUGGGAAUGCUGAACCAGUCCCUGGGGCAAAGAAAGCACUUGCCUUCAUUCGCAGUAUGGGCAAGAAAGUCUGUUUUAUUACAAACAACAGCAGCAAAUCGAGAGCAGAACAUUUGAAAAAGAUCCAUCAGUUAGGGUUUGAAGCAUAUGAGAAUGAAGUUUAUCACAGCACGGGAAGCAUUGUAUCAGCUGUUCGUGUUGCAGCUGAAAGAGAGCCGAUUGUAGUAGGCAAGCCAUGGUCACCUAUGUUUGAUUGUAUAGCUCAGAAUAUUGAUCUUGAUCCUGCUAGAACUUUACUGAUUGGUGAUAGGUUGGAUACAGAUAUCCUUUUUGGACGACACAACAAAUUGAAAACUCUUUUAGUAUUAACAGGAAUACAGUGUGAAACUGAUCUUUCUUCCUGUCCUGAAAACAAAUUCCAGACUAUUAUACUGACUCAAUAG